CGACCGACCUAGUCCGACUAUUUAAGGAAAGUCCAAAGCGGGAAAAUAUACUUUCGCUAGUCUCUCAAUUUUUUCAUCUCCCGCUCAAUUUUCGCACCCCAAAUCGCCAAAUCGCCAAAUCCAAAUCCAAAUCCCCCUCUCUCCCAUUAUCCAAUACGAUUUCCAAAUCCCAGAUCCAAUUGUAAUUUGGAGACGUCUCUAAAAAGUAAAAACACACACAUAUAUAUAAAACCUUCUCGACUUUCAAAUUCAAAUCCAAACUCUAAAUCCCCCACCCCGGUCUACACCCUGUAAUCGCCGUCCUCCUCCACCGCCAUACGCCGAUCUCCACCCCUCCGAUUGCCUCGUGGUUCACGACGAUCCAGGCGCCAUGACCGUACACGGCCGGCCCCUGAAGCGCGCCAAGCUGCGGGUCACCGCCGACCUCUGCGACUUCCUCGCUUUUCCUGCCGGCGGCGGAGUUGAGUUUUUCCGGGGCCCGUUCCGGGAAAACGUACGGGCGUUCCUCUCGCGGCGCGCGCGUAUUGCGCCGCCGCCGAGGGCGGCGUCGGCGACGGCCGCUGAGUCGGAGCGCUUGGUGACUUGGCGAAUAGCGUUCCGGGUCGGCAAGAUGGAUGGCGGCUUUGCGCAGGACGCCGCGGCGGCCGUCGAGCUCGAUGUGGUGGAGGAGGACGUGGCUCGGUCCAGUAAGAUCUAUUGCGAGCAUUGCAGAGUAACGGGCUGGAGUGGUCAUCCUGUUUGUCGAACUCGUUAUCACUUCAUAAUUCGAAACAACAAUAACCUUUUACGCCCGACUUGCAAAUAUUGUGGAUUGACAGAGGACUUGUUUAGCACAAGAUGUUCCUCAUGCAAACAUGAAAUCAGUUCAGAUGUUCUAGGAGAUGGCGAAUACUUUCAGUUGGAUAAUCCUGGCCAUUUGCUGCAUGGAGUGGUACAUGCCAAUGGCUACGGUCACCUUCUCAGAAUAAAUGGCCGUGAAGGCGGCUCAAAAAUCUUAACAGGGUGUGAAUUGAUGAGUUUCUGGGAUCGCCUCUGUAAAUUACUCUGUGUCAGGAAAAUUACCGUAAUGGACGUGUCGAAGAAAUUCAGCAUGCCGUACCGUCUCCUACACGCAGUGGCCGCCGGCCAUUCUUGGUACGGAGAAUGGGGGUACCAAUUUGGGUCCGGAAGCUUCGGUACUACUGUCGAAGAUUACCAAAAAGCAGUCGAUGCCCUCUCGACCGUUCCAUUAUCCCCCUUCUUCUCACAUACACGAGCUCCACGAAGCCGUUUACAGAACACCAUCGCAUUCUAUCAGUCCCUCUCCAAUCGCCCCCUGGUGACCGUUAGAGACCUCUUCUGCUGUGUGGCCGAACUGCUUAGAUAUGCUCUUGAACAGAAACCUUCAGAGGCGAAGAAAAAGAGAUUUGAUAUGCGAGAAGAAAUAAUGUGUAGAUGGCCAAAGGAAGACGUCGGACGGGGUUUUGAGGCCAUGGUGAAGGUUCUUCGGGCUUCUGAUCAAUCACUGUGGGUGGGUUUGCGAGCUCUCAAGGGAACGCUGAGUCGAUCGGUGGACCCACCGGAGUUGCUUGACUUUAUUUUGAAGAGCCUCGCUGGGAGGUUAACCGAUGAUGGCAUGGUUGUGGCUGCCCGAUGUAAUGCAGAGACAAACUCGAUUGAAUACAGGCUCGAGGCUAUUACGAAGGGGUCAUCCCUUGCUCAAAACCCUUUGAGGCCGUCGGUCGAACACCUUAUUCGCGACCUCAAGUUCUUAUUUGAUGCUCUCGUCAAUCCGGAGACCAUGCAUUGCUACAAUCCGCGUGCAACUUACGAAUCCGCGCGGAGCUCUGCAUUGAAACUCCUCGACUGCAAACAAUGCAUCAAACACUACGACAGCACAGUCGACUUUGUCCCUCCGCAUCCUUCAACUCUCCGAAUAUGGUGCCACGUAGUCAUCGCAGACCAAUCAAAUAAUCAUUCGUCUCCGCCUGCUGAGCUUCUCGUCUUGCCGUCAACCGCCACGGUGGCUGACCUCAAAGCCAAAGCUACAAAGGCAUUCAGUGAGACCUACUUGAUCUUCAAAACGUUCCGAGCUGAACAGCUUCUCGACUUUAAGUCUGCGGACGAGGCGAUGACCCUCGAGUUGCUUCUAGGUUCAUGCAGCUCGGUCCGAGUCGUGGGGAGGUGUGUCGGGAUGAGGGAGCGGCGGCUCGGGCCCUUCCGGACGGAGCGAGGGGUCGAGAAAUGGACGGUGGAUUGCGAGUGCGGGGCCAAGGACGACGACGGGGAGAGGAUGCUGACUUGCGACGCGUGCGGUGUGUGGAAGCACACGAGGUGCUGUGGGAUAAGCGAUUUUGAGGACGCACCCAAGAAGUUCAUAUGUAGGCUUUGUAUAUUACAUUGCAGUAGUAAGUUACGUAAGAAGGGUAAACGAGAGUGGAAGAGUAGUGCAUCGUUGUAUGGGAAGUGUAAACGUGAGGCAGCGUUUGGAAUAAGCGCAGGGAAAACGUGUGGACGCUCAGCCUUAGUUGGUUGAUGGUUUGUGUACUAUUUUGUGUUUGUAUAAUUAUACGGUGUAGAAUAUUUUAUAAAAGGUUUUUUUUUUUUUUU